CAUCAAUCACGCAAGUUAAAGUAAAUUAGAUACUGUGGUCGAGAAAGAGAGCAAAAAAAAAAAUGUCUCGCUUCGUGAUGGACUCCAACAAUCUCUGGCUGCUUGCACUCGUCGACCACACGAUCAGGGUCAAUACGGGGCCGUUUUCCCCGGACCUCAACACCCACAAUCUCCCCGACGACGUGGCCGCCUGGACGCCAGUGGCUCGGAUCGGUAGCAACCAGUACUGCAGCCACCGCGAGCUGGAAGUCUUCGGUUCCGCGCUCAACCCGCAGAAGGUGGAGCAGCUCUGGCAGAACCUCUACGGCCGCCAGCUCAGCAUCAACCGAGAAGGCUUCACGUUCACGUGGCACAACCGCGGCACCGACAACGGCCGGUUCAAGCCGGGCGGGAUCCUGUACCGGCUCAACGACCUCUACGAGUGGUCCAACCACGGGGUCACCGUCCCCGUCCCGGUUGGGACCGGGUGGGACCGGUUCGAGCGGAUCACGGGGAAGCUGAUGGAGGAGGGCGGAGGUGGUGGUGGUGGUGGUUCGGCCCAGGUGAAGAAGGAGUUGGAGGAGAAGGAGAAGGAGAACAAGAGGCUGCAGGAAGAGGCGGCGGAGCGGGAGAAGCGGGCCAAGGAGAGGGAAGAAGCGGCCCAGAAGGAGAUCCAGGAGCUGAAAGAGCAGGCCCAAGCGAGGGAAGAUGCGGCGAAGAAGGAGAGCGACGAGCUGAAGAAGCAGGCCAAGGAGAAAGACGACCAGCUCGCGGCGAAAGAUAAACAGAUCGCAAACCUCAGGGCCGCUCUCGCUGCCUUCACCUAAAUUCAUAAUGCUUCUAACUACGUAACUCUACGUCGUCUCAACCCUUUUCCUUUUCUUCCAUGCACGUGUUCCAUGCAUGCAUGCAUGCAUGUACGUACACCGGUACGUGUCUGUGUUAUGUUGUUGUUGUUGUUGUGUAUUUGAAUUGGUGCCUACUCAUGUUCAGUUGCCAAUCAACCAAUAAGAAAUAAUACUGUCGUUG